AUGCAAACCAGUUUGGUCGUCACCAGAACUCCGCAUUGUGAACGCAUUGCGCAGCUGGGAACAGCUGCUCCAUGCGUUGUGCGCCCUUUCCUCGCAGCAUUCGAUCCAUCACCGAUCGUCCCGAUCCUAGCAGCACCCCGGCCCCAGCUACCAAUACUCUACUGUACUCUUCUGCAGUUCCUUCUUGUUUGGACGUUGACUACUACACCGUGUUGGUACCCGUUCCUCGGUUCAUGA